AAACGUGUUUUUGUUGACUGCCUGCGCGAACAUUCUGAUUCGAAACGCGUGUAAUAACAUUCAAUUCUUUUGUGAAUUAUUUCAUAUACUUAAGUAGUUAAACCUGAAAUCAUUGCUCUACAGAAUGAUGAUUCAAAGCAAAAAGCGACCGCCAUCCAGUGAGGGAGAGAAACCGUCUGUGAAAAAGCCUAAACUUGCUAAGCCAGCUUCGGAUGAUGGCGGCGGUGAGAAACCAGUUAAAAAGUUUUCAAUGCGGCUUGAUGCCGGUUCGAAGGAAGGUAAAUUUCAAAAGAAGCUGUCCCCUGCUGGUCCGAAGGAAGGUAAAUUUCAAAAGAAACUAUCCGCUGGUGGAAAGAAAAAGUUUGGUUCGAAGGAGGAUUUCAAAGGCACUAAUGGCGAGAAGAAACCGUUUGUGGAAAAUACACCGGAGGCUAAACGGGAGUACUGGAACGGUCUGAAGGCAAAACAGAAGGAACUGCGUGAGCAGCGACGUAAAUCGAAGACAAAGGAUUUAUACGAGCUCAGCGUUGGAGCAAAGAAGAUCUAUGAGACCUUGAAGAGAAAGUCGACAGAAAACAAGGAGAAGCUGGUAGUAGAGCUGCACGAAAUGCUGAGUAAAGAUAAAACCUAUGGUAGGAUUGCAACCAGUCACGAUACGGCUCGUGUCAUUCAAUGUAUGAUCAAAAAUGCGUCUGAGGAACUCCGGAUGCAGAUUGCUGACAAAUUGAUUCCGGUUAUCUUUGAGUUGGCUACGUCCAAGUACGGACAUCACUGCGUAACGAGCUUACUGAAAAAUGGAAACAAACUAUUGUGGGCCAAAAUCACGGAUGCAGUCAUAAAGCAUGCGGUCAAAAUGGCUAACCAGGCAUUUUCCGGGUCGAUUGUGGAUGCAGUUUACAAUGAGUAUGCCACAAACGAGCAAAAAGCCUUUAUGAGACAGGCGUUCUACUCGGAAAUUUAUCAGCAAACCAAGGAUAAAAAUGUUACCUGUAUGAAAGACACCUGGGAAACGAAUACUUAUAUGAAGAAGACCGUUCUGUCGACGGUGAAAGGUCACCUGGUUCAAGCUGCCAACAAGCAGCUCACUGAUAAUGCUUUGAUGCAUGCGCUUCUGUUGGACUUCCUACAGGAAGCUACUGAGAUUGAACGCACCGAAGUCAUUGAACUGUAUCUGCCCCAUCUGGCAGCGAUUUCCAGCACCAAGGAUGGAACGGCUGCCGCUAUAUUCUGCUUUUUGAAUUCGGUAGUCAAGGAUCGCCGAGCGGCACUAAAGGCAUUGAAACCUUACGUGGGAAAGCUGAGUUCUCACGAACACGGCCAUCGGUUGGUUCUGUGCAUUCUGAACUGCUAUGACGAUACGGUAAUUUUGGGCAAGCAGUUUGUGUCCGUGCUGAUGGAACACGUGGAAACGAUCGUGGGUAGCGGUGAAUGGGGUCGUAAGGUUAUCGGUUGGAUUUUUUCCCCGGCGGAUAAAGAUCUGCUGCAUCCAACGCAGAUCGAAAUACUUGAUGGAUAUUUAAAGUACAGCAAAAAGGAUAAAGAAAUUCGAAGGAGGGAAAUAUUUGCAGCGGCGGUGGAACCCUUCUGCAAGGCUGUUACGGCUAAUGCCGGUUUUUGGUUAAGGGGAGGGCAUACUGCUCUAUUAACUGCUGCCAUCCUAAAGAAUUUAGAAGGCAAUCAUUUGGAAAAAAUGCAUCGGGCGCUGGCGACGGUGGUUUCCGAUCCAGAAUGGAGAAUUCAUGAGAAUGAAGUCAAUCUGGAAGGUCUACCAAUGCAGGAGGACAAGAAAAAGCCCGAUGAGAACAAGAAAGGUGGCAAAAUCAGGAAAAUCAAAAAGAGCCCGUUUGCAGAAGAGAAGGAGAAAUCCCGCGAAAAACAACUAGCAGCAAAUCCCCUAGUGAGCGGUGUUGAACACGCUGGAAUGCAUAUUGCCCUUAAGAAGAUCAUCAAAAUGGAUCAGGAAAAGCGCCAGGAGGACGAAAACGCCUCACAAUUCGGAAAGACCGUAAUGGAUAUGCUAUCAGAAGACACUAUCAAAUCGUGGAUAUUGCAAAAUCGAACCUGCUUUCUGCUGCUCUUGGUGUUCGAAAACUCUACCGAAACAGUUCAAAAGCAAGUGAAACAAAAGCUGAAAUCGGCGAAAUCCGAAUUGAAGAAACAAACUCACGCUGGAGCAAAGCUUCUGUUGGAGAAACUUAAACUGUAACAUUUAGUUGUAAAUUUGUCAAAUAUACAGCAAACCACUAAUCAUUUCUAA